GGGCUGGCCUGUGUCAGUGUGUGACUGAGCGGGGAAAGACGCGGUCGCUUGGGUCUCACUGGUCGUGUCUCGUAUCUGUGAAAUCAGAUCAGAGCGUUAGAGUUGGACUGAGGAUCCCGGCAGCAGUUACCAAGCCGCUGAACGAGUAGCGGUGCCAGGUCGACAGUCUGCAGGAGGGAGACCGGCAGAAGUCAGCGCCAGACUCAACUACCCCCGCCAUGGAGCCGCGCAGUGAGGUGAGCCCCGACCCGAGCCUGCGACCGGCCGGUCCCGGCGGCCACGAGCUGGUGCGGCCCGAGCUGGCGGCGGGUGCGCCGCCCUCCGGACAGCUGCUCUUCAACCCGCUCAAGAUGGGCGGUCUGCCGGGCCUGGAGCCGCUGCACGCGCUGCCGCCGCCGCAGCUGCACCCGCUGCAGCUGCAGCAGCAGCUGUACUCGCUGGCGCUGCAGCAGCUGCAGCAGGCGCGCCAAGCGGCGCCGCCGCCGCCCUGGGCCGCCGUGCCCUACCCGUACAAGCUGCUCGACCCGCGGCUGGUGGCGCUCUGCCGGCCGCCCGAGGAGCCCAAGCCGCAGCACUCGUACAUCGGCCUCAUCGCCAUGGCCAUUCUCAGCUCGGCCGAGCGCAAACUGGUGCUCAGUGACAUCUACCAGUACAUACUGGACAACUACUCCUACUUCCGCAACCGCGGCACCGGCUGGCGCAACAGCAUCCGGCACAACCUCAGCCUCAACGACUGCUUCAUCAAGGCCGGCCGCUCGCCCAACGGCAAGGGCCACUUCUGGGCCAUCCACCCGGCCAACGUGGACGACUUCCGCAAGGGCGACUUCCGCCGGCGUAAGGCGCAGCGCCGCGUCCGCAAGCACAUGGGCCUGACGGUCGAGGACGAGGACUCGAUGAGCCCGCCGCCGCCACCGGCGCCCGCCUGGGCCGCGCUGCCGGCGCCGACACCCCGCCGUCGCCAGUUCGACGUGGCCUCGCUGCUGGCGCCCGACGAGCCCGCCGAGCCGCGGCACCGGCCCGAGGCGGCCGAACGCGAGCUCGACGUGGUCGGUGAGGAGGGCGCCGUCGAGUCGCCGCCGCCGCCGCCGCCGCCCGGGUGUGCCGAGCCUGCCGCCAGUCCCGACCGCAGCAGCGACGCCGAGAUCACCGCCGCCGCCGCCGCCGACGGGCCGGUGCCGCUCAGCUUCGCGGGGUUCCGGCCGGCCGAGGCGCCCACGCCGCCCUGAGGUAGUGGCUAGAACCCUGAACGGGUGUUGGAGUUGGUCUGGGUGUGGGGUGGCUCUGCGGACAGCCGGGGCAGAGACCGGGAACAUCAGACGAUACUACCUUACCCAGAGACAUGUCGGCGACCGUCGGCAGAACCUUUCCGUAGGAGCCGACGCAGUGAAGUCGAGCACCGCCGCUGUCGACGGGCUGUCGACGGCGCUGUCUGUAGGCGACAGUCCCAGCUCUGCCGGCCUGGUCUGACGCUCUGGUCUGUCUCGACUGGUCUGCCCCGGCUGAUCCGCACUUUGUCAGGCACAGUGUCUGUUCUAUGGCCUCUAUGUAUCGAACACCAGGUGCGGGUGGCGGUUCUAGGCCGCUCGGUACUAAAUACAGGAACCGAUACCAAGCGGAAUCAACGCCCCAGUGUUAGUCAAUGUUUGAGGGCAGCGCGGUGAAAUGUCUAUGUAUAUGUCUGCACAGAGACGGGGAAAUGUGGGUAUUUAUUACUUCUGUUGUCACGCUGUUUAUGAAGAGGGUAGUGUAUGUUACCUAUUAGCUGAAUUAUGUGACACUUAUAAUUAUUUUCGCAUUGCUUAUCAGUUAUCUGCAAAGUCAUUCCAAAGUUUCAAUGAGCAAAACUACAUAUAUCGCAUUCUGUUGUGCCAAACUGAUAAAAAUGUGUCCAAUACCAUAAAAAUCGGUAUGUGAUGUAUCGUUAUGCGUAAAAUUAUUUGGUCUUAGCGUCGCGCCUAUGUGUUUCGAAGCAUCCUAAGAAACCGCCACGAUAUUUUCUGCCGGUGCCGUCGAGUUGAUUGUAGAUUUGGCGAUCGCGCUUGCUCGUGUUACUCUGUCUGAAGAAAUGAUUACCUAUGUGGUUGGAUAAAUAAUAUACGGUAUGUGGAUAAA